GCGUGCCGAAGGUGGCAAUCAACCAAGUGUGGAGAUGGCAACCUGGUCUGUUUGGACUUGUUUGGUUGCGGCUAUGCUUUUUUAUACAGUAACGCCAGUCAAUGGAAAUGAAGAGACUCAGCUCAUAGCAGGUAUUUUUAAGAACUACAAUAAGAACAUCCGGCCAGUGAGGGACCCGAAUGACCAGGUGGAGGUUCAGCUCAAACUCACCCUCACCAACCUCAUCUCCCUGAAUGAGAAAGAGGAGACGUUGACCACCAAUGUAUGGAUUGAGAUCCAAUGGAAUGACUAUCGCCUGUCAUGGAACACCUCGGACUACUACGGUAUCGACAUUAUCCGGGUACCCUGCACCACUGUAUGGCUGCCGGAUAUAGUUCUGGAGAACAACAUUGAUGGAAAAUUUGAUGUCGCAUACUAUGCUAAUGUGCUGGUCUACAAUAAUGGUCACAUAUACUGGUUGCCCCCAGCCAUCUAUCGCAGCACAUGUGCGAUAGAGAUCACUUACUUCCCCUUCGAUUGGCAAAACUGCACUCUGAUCUUCAGGUCCCAAACAUACAGCGCUAAUGAGAUCAACAUGAUCUUGGCCAUCGAUGGAGAGACCAACAAGCCCAUUGAGUGGGUGGAUAUUGACCCUAAGGCCUUCACUGAAAAUGGUGAAUGGGCUAUCAAGCAUCGGCCGGCACGCAAAAUUACCAACCCACGCUACUCCCCAGGUGACCUGGAGUACCAGGAGGUCUAUUUCAACCUUAUUAUCCAGAGAAAACCCCUCUUCUAUAUCAUUAACAUCAUUCUGCCCUGCUCACUCAUCUCCUCACUCGUUGUGCUGGCCUACUUCAUGCCUGCUAAGGCGGGAGGACAGAAGAUAACCAUGUCCAUUGCUGUCCUCCUGGCUCAGACUGUCUUCCUCUUUCUGAUCGCUCAGAAGAUUCCAGAAACUUCUCUCUCUGUACCUCUUAUCGGAAAGUACCUGAUCUUCGUCAUGUCCGUCACUACACUCAUCGUCACAAACUGCAUCAUCGUUCUCAACUACUCCUGCCGGAGCCCAAGCACGCACACCAUGCCACGCAAAAUCAAACAUAUUUUCCUGGAGGUGAUCCCUCGGUUUCUGGGUAUGACCCCACUAGUGGACGAGGGAGAGGAAGCUGGGGGGAUGAAUGGACUAAGGGAGAGGAGAAACAGCUUAUUUGGCCUGAUGCAGCGGGCUGAGGAGUACGUGCUGAAGCAGCCAAGGAGUGAGAUGAUGUUCGACAAGCAGAGAGAGAAACACGGACUCACACGAACAUUCGUGGACGCUAUAGAUGUGAGCACCACAGCCAGUCUGUAUAAAAGUUUGGCGCAAUCAGCACCAGAAAUUAAAGAGUGUGUGGACGCCUGCAACUUCAUUGCAGACAACACAAGAGAACAGAAUGACAUUGGCUCUGAGAUGGAGAACUGGGUGUUGAUCGGCAAGAUGAUUGAUAAAGUCUGCUUCUGGGCAGCCAUCUUGCUUUUUUCCAUCGGAACAGUAGCCAUCUUCCUCAUGGGCCAUUUCAACCAGGUUCCCGAGUACCCUUUCGCCGGGGAGAGUAAAAAAUACAGUCCUGAGUAAAGAGCGAGAGCUGUUCCUGUCUCACACAAAAAAGAGACAUUGAGAGAGAUCGAGACGGAGAGAAAGCACAAGCACAGUUUUAGACAUUUUGAAAAAGGUGAUGUGCAUUUUAAUUAGCAUUUAAUUACAACCCCGAUUCCAAAAAAGUUGGGACAAAUUGUAAAUAAAAAUGGAAUGCAAUAAUUUACAAAUCUCAAAAACUGAUAUUGUAUUCACAAUAGAAGAUA